AAUCAAUUUGUAUUUGGAAAAGGAAUUAGGUCAAAUGAAAUUCAAAAAAGAAAAGGAGAAAUAAUAAAUAAUAAAGAAAGCGAGAAGGGACCAAUACCUAACAGCGGAAAUAAUAAGCGUAGGUAGUAGAAUCAAUCUGAAAUCAAAUCUUUCAGUUUUAGAACUCUUUCUCUCUGAAAAGCUAUGUAGUAUGGAGUCUAGUCUAGAUAGGCACAUAACUCAAAUACACCUUUCUUUCUCGAUUCAUUCAUUGGGCGGGCGGCCGAAUAAACCAAAACCCAAUCAGGAAAACAUAAUAAAAGAAAGGAGCUGUUGAGAUUUGAGAAAGCGAAGCAGUCAACAAAGCUAAAAAGAAAAAGAAAAACUCAGAGGAAGAAGUUAAAAGGACGGGGUAGGUCGGGCAUCUUGAUUUGGUUUCCUCCACCUCAAGCCUUCCAUGCUCCCCUCAGCCAACAACAGCCCUACCGGAAUCCACCACUUUGGCGGCGGCGGAGGAGGAUUCUGGUCCGCUGUACCCAUGCCGCCCUCCAAAACUACCGUCGCCGUUACUGCUGUUGCCGGCCUCGCUCUCUUUGCCGCCAUUUUCUUCACCACUACUAGGUAAAAAGAAAAUUCCUCCUCUCAAUGCUUAACGGUAAAAGCAAAUCUCCGAAACCCCUAGUACCGGUUCGUAGUAAGAGUAGUCGAUAAGAAUCAAAUUCUAAUAGAUGAGAGCUCUUAGAAGAAGUCAGACUUCAUCUUCAUCUCCGAACUCACCUUCACCUUCACCCUCUUCGUCGUCGUCAUCGUCAUCGUCAUCAUCUUCGUGGAUUCAUUUGCGUUCGGUUCUAUUCGUUGUUACCUCUUCUUCACCAGUUUCUUGUUCUUCCACUGAUCGUGGUCGGCUCAGAUCACCCUGGUCUCGCUAUAGAAAGAAACAUGCCCUCUCACCUCAGCAGUGGAGAAGUUUGUUUACACCUGAUGGUAGACUCCGGGAUGGUGGAGUCAAGUUCUUGAAGAAAGUUCGCUGUAGAGGUGUUGAUCCAAGUAUUAGGGCAGAGGUCUGGCCCUUCCUCCUUGGAGUCUAUGAUUUAAACAGUUCCAAAGAAGAAAGAGAUGCUGUUAGAACUCAGAAAAGGAAAGAAUAUGAAAAGCUCCGAAGAAAGUGCCGGCUUCUCCUAAAACAUGGCACUGGGAGUUUUAAGUCAUCUGAAACGGGUGCCACUUGUCGAAAUGGAGACAGUGGAAGUCUUGUUGAGGAGACAGACACAUCUAGUUCUGAAGAUGUGGUUAGUGCCAGAGAGUCUCUCUGUAGUGAGGGAAGGAGCCCAGAUGCUGAGUUCUCAGAUGAACCGUCGAGUAUAUUGUUAGCAGGAGAUGGUAGUUCAAGAAGAAUAACAAAUGCUGAUGUGUCAGCACUGAACAGUGAGUCAUCAGACUCUGACUCUUCUGAAGACCCUGAAGUUAUUCAGGGGUCCCCCACUUUGGACGGCAGGGAGGAUAAUGAUCUUGAUGUGGCUUCAGAAAGGAAUGUUCCUCCCUCAAGCACUGAAGGGAUAUCAAAGCUACGUGCAACUGAAAAUUUUUCAACCUGGCAGCGAAUCAUCCGUCUAGAUGCUGUUCGUGCCAAUGCUGAAUGGAUGCCAUACUCUACUUCUCAGGCUUUGGUAUCAGAUGGGAGGGCACGCCGUUCAGCUGAGGCUGUUGGGUUAAAGGAUUAUGAUCACCUGGAUCCCUGCAGAAUUUUCCAUGCUGCACGUUUGGUUGCUAUCCUUGAAGCUUAUGCACUUUACGACCCUGAAAUUGGCUACUGCCAGGGCAUGAGUGAUCUCCUUUCUCCAAUAGUUUCAGUCAUCCCUGAGGAUUACGAGGCUUUCUGGUGUUUUGUAGGUUUCAUGAAGAAAGCUCGACAUAAUUUUAGGCUUGAUGAGGUGGGAAUCAGAAGGCAACUUAAUAUUGUUUCCAAGAUAAUAAAAUGUAAGGACUCUCACCUCUACAGGCAUUUGGAGAAGCUGCAGGCAGAGGAUUGUUUUUUUGUUUAUAGGAUGGUGGUGGUUCUCUUUAGGAGGGAAUUGACAUUUGAACAGACAAUGUGCCUAUGGGAGGUAAUGUGGGCAGAUCAGGCAACAAUUAGAGCUGGGCUUUCGAAAUCCACCUGGAGUAGGAUAAGACAGAAGGCACCCCCGACAGAUGAUUUAUUGCUGUAUGCAAUUGCAGCUUCAGUCUUACAGAGGAGGAAAUUGAUCAUUGAGAAGUACAGCAGCAUGGAUGAAAUUUUAAGGGAGUGCAACAGUAUGGCCGGGCAACUUGAUGUAUGGAAGCUCCUAAAUGAUGCUCAUGACUUGGUUGUAACUCUUCAUGACAAGAUCGAGUCGUCAUUUUGAUCAACUCGCCAUAAUUUGUUGUCCUAUAUUUUUAUGUGCUUCGGUUUUACUUCAACCUGGUUUUCUGUGAGUAUUACAAGUCCUCCAUUGCACUGCAUGAAAUAUUGUCUGUGCUUGAGCUACAUAUUCUCACUUAUUGUUUGUAGUUGAAAAAUUGUUGGAGACUGUACACUUAUGCUGGCAAAUCCAAAGAUGAUAAUAGAUUCAGGUUGAAGUUGCCAUCAAAGCCCAUUGUCAUUUGACAUGUAAGAUUGCAGAUUUUGUCAAAUAUAAGAGGGAGAAAAGGGAGCCAGUAGUCAAGCUUAUUAUAAA